CUCGGGAGGGCCUCGGGCGGGAGGGCGCGGGAGGGUCGCGCCCGGGGCCUGGCUCCGGGCCUCAGCGGCGAGCGGCGCUCAGGGGCCGUGGGCGUCAGCCGCGUGAGCCGCGUUCCCGCAGCCCGGCCCCGGGAGGUGACUGCGAGGCCCGCGGACACCCCCAGCCCCUGAGCGGCGACCUGCCCCCGACGCCGGGCCCGGAGGCCGGCCCUCCUGGGCCACGUGUGGGCCCCGGGCCCGCGCCGUCACGGAAACGUUGUCCCGGUAGAUUCGUGACUGUGUGCCCUGGACUCGGACGCAGGUGUAGGGGAGGCCGGACUUCACCCCCGGAGGGUGCGCAGCUGGGCCCGAGCCGCACUGACAGAAAGCCGGUUAACAGGAGAGAAGCGUGCCCAUCUCCUGCGUACGGCUUGUCGGCUUGUGUGAAAGAGACACACGCAAGUGGCAAACCCCAAAUGCUCUUAGGCCAGGCGGGACCGAGGGCGGCGGCUGUGGGACGGGGACCGAGCCAGCGGAAGACGGACCCGUGUGUCUGAACCGCGUCUGGGUGGAAGUCUCCGCCCUGACCGCCCGGCAGGGUUUCCUCGCCGCUGUGUAGGGAGGCCAUCUUUCACAGGAGUUCUGCCUCCGGCUUUUAGGAAGAACAGGGGGCAGUUUAGAGCACUCCGAUUUUUCAAGUGCUUUUAGCUCAGAAUAAUCCUUGUGCCAGAGAGAGAUUUUUGGGGUGGCAUACCCUUCACGGGCUAUCUGAACAAAGUGUAACGGGGAAGGCAAAACGCAGAAUUAGAGGAAGAUCGAGUAUCAGCACAACUGUUUUCAUGCUUGGUAAAACUGCACUUUUACCAGGUUUUCUUUUUCCACUGAAGUACGUGUUCCAAGGCCCCCUUCAUCUCCCUGGAUCCCCGUGUAUUUCAUAUUUGUAAACGGGCAAGGCGGCUAAAACAAGAUCAUUCAUAAUUUCAUAAGACGGAUCCAGACCAAAAUUAAAGAUCUUCUACAGCAAAUGGAAGAAGGGCUGAAGACAGCUGAUCCUCAUGACUGCUCCGCUUAUACUGGCUGGACAGGCAUAGCCCUUUUAUACCUGCAGUUGUACCGGGUCACAUGUGACCAGACCUACCUGCUCCGAUCCCUGGAUUAUGUAAAAAGAACACUUCGGAAUCUGAAUGGGCGCAGGGUCACCUUCCUCUGUGGGGAUGCCGGGCCCCUGGCUGUUGGAGCUGUGAUUUAUCACAAACUCAGAAGUGACUGUGAAUCCCAGGAAUGCGUCACAAAACUUUUACAGCUCCAGAAAGCGGUUGUCUGCCAAGAAUCAGACCUUCCUGAUGAGCUGCUUUAUGGACGGGCAGGUUAUCUGUAUGCCUUACUGUACCUGAACACGGAGAUAGGUCCAGGCACUGUGUGUGAGUCUGCUAUUAAAGAGGUAGUCAAUGCUAUUAUUGAAUCGGGUAAGACCCUGUCAAGGGAAGAAAGAAAAACAGAACGCUGCCCACUGCUGUACCAGUGGCACCGGAAGCAGUAUGUUGGAGCGGCCCAUGGCAUGGCUGGAAUCUACUAUAUGUUAAUGCAGCCAGCAGCAAAAGUGGACCAAGAAACCUUGACAGAAAUGGUGAAGCCCAGUAUUGAUUACGUGCGCCACAAAAAAUUUCGAUCUGGGAAUUACCCGUCAUCGUUAAGCAAUGAAACAGACCGGCUGGUGCACUGGUGCCACGGCGCCCCGGGGGUCAUCCACAUGCUCAUGCAGGCGUACAAGGUCUUUAAGGAGGAGAAGUACUUGAAAGAGGCCAUGGAGUGCAGCGAUGUGAUUUGGCAGCGCGGUCUGCUGCGGAAGGGCUACGGGAUCUGCCACGGGACUGCUGGCAAUGGCUACUCCUUCCUGUCCCUUUACCGUCUCACGCAGGAUAAGAAGUACCUCUACCGAGCUUGCAAGUUUGCAGAGUGGUGUCUAGAUUAUGGAGCACAUGGGUGCCGCAUUCCUGACAGACCCUAUUCGCUCUUCGAAGGUAUGGCUGGCGCUAUUCACUUUCUCUCCGAUGUCCUGGGACCAGAGGCAUCACGGUUUCCAGCAUUUGAACUUGACUCUUCGAAGAGGGAUGAAAAGGUGCAAAAAGACAACUAAAAUACCCAUUGGGACCAAAAGCCACCAGAUUGUUUAGUGCCUGACACAGAAACAACUGGGAAUCCUGAAAGAGAAAAAAAGCAGACCCCGUCCCAGGCCCCUCUGUUAGGGCAUGAGUGACCGAAGCCAUCCAUCAGCAUUUUGUAAGGGUGCCCUCACCAGUAUAAAACAUGACUUCUUCACACCCGGAUUCUCUGUAGUGUUUGCAUGUUUCUCGGUGUUCGUUGUCUCCAGGUGUAAGCUGCUUUAAGUGGAAGGCUCUUCUCUUCAUGGGACUCGGAGCUGACCACGCAUGAGUAUAUGGCGGUGUCCACUCUUCCAUAUAAAAUGUAUGAAGCGGGAUUUCUUCCAUAUUGUCAAACGAGAGAACAGGUGAUGUCUAUCCUGUAUAUCAGAAAGACGAUCUGGGGUCUGUCCUAGUGACAAUACAUUGUCAGCCUUUUCCGUGGCGCCUUCCGGAUGAGCAUGAGGGAAUGAGCACUCCAGGAUGGACAGGAGCAGCCGGUGCGCAGGGGCUUGCUGGGGGUGUUUAGGAUGCUCAGCGGAACGCUUCCUGUUUGGGCUCUGCGCUCACCUCGGUGUUCUAAAGAAGCCUCUGUGCACUGCAGCUCUGCCAGGGCUCUGUUCCCAGCAGAGGCUGCAGGUGCUCUGUGUAGAGUCCAGGGCAGCCAGAGCCCUGGGGAGGAGACUUCUGGACCCAAAGGGAGCUUUCCCAAGAUGCCCUUGGUGGCUACACUGCAGGCAGCAGCGGCUGAGUGCUGGCAGGUACAGAACAUUUACCCAGUAUCUGCUACUAAGACAGGCUCCACCUCAGUUUAUCAGUAUGAUAAGUUACUGUGAUAAGCAGAGUAAGUACAUUCCAGAUGGGUUAUUAUAGAUGAACAGACACUCAACUGGACUCAUGUCCCCGCAAUUAAACGUAUUUCAACCUUUUGGAAAGUUAUCAGAUUCUAAAUUUGGAAUGAAUGCAUUUCAUAUUUUUUGUCUACUUUGGGGUGAUAAAAAGUAUUAGCCCUCAUUUAUAGACAAGAGAGACAUCAUGUUCUAACCGACAACAUUAUGGUAUCUGUGUGACAUUUUUUAAUUUUAAAAAUUUAAAACCUUUUUAAUUUUAAAAAAUGUGCGCAGUAAGCUGGGGUCGCCUACACUCAUUAAUUCUGUGGUGUAGAUUUCAGGUUUUGGAAGGCUUUCUGUCAUCCUGGAACAAGUGGUCUGGAACUAAGUACUCAAGUUGUGAGCUAAGGCUUGUGUCGUGAAAGACAAGAGGACUCUCGAGAGCCCAGUCCUUGUCUGCAGGGGGCACUCUGAGCACUUCCCAGCCCGUGUCCACUCCUCUCAGACAGGAGAAAGAAAAACGUCAGUUUAGGAGAAAAGUCUCCUUUUUACGUGUAUGGUUGUGUGUGGGGCUGGUAUCCUAAAUCUGUUACAUUCAGCUUCCAAACAAUGCCUGGAGAGUCUCUGCUGCAGACACCCUUGCCCCUGAGUCAUGAUGAUUUUCUUUCAUGUUAGAUUGAUGACUUCUGUGAAUAUAAAUCAUCCUGGUCUGAUUUUACCUGGCCUCCUGGGUCUGCUGAUGGGCUUCACAAGCAGUCCAGCAGCCCACACCUGCAGGCAGGAUGCUGUCGUCAACGAGCCAAGGGCAGCUGCUUGGCAGAAGACCUUACACGGUGUCCAACCUCAUCCAGAUGACAUUGGUCUCAUCCUCCCUGCCCAAUUCAUCAAAACAUAACGCAUCACAGAGCUCAGUCGUGAGGUCCUGCCUGCCCGUUUCUCAAGGGAAGCCAGGAGGCAGCACAGGCGGCACGGGGCUUCCAGGGUGGCCCCUCUCAGAGGAGGCGGUGGCUCGUGGUGCAGCCAGGUGUCUGCAGAGCAGCCCAAGGGUGGCCGAGGGGUCCAGGUGUCCCCCCAGGCGAGUCCAUCCACACACGUGUUUGAAAAACACUGGUCUUUCUAACACACUGAGGGAAAGACUUUAAAAAUCUGUGUAAUAAAUGGAGGAGAUUUUGUUUACAGAUUUUUUUUAAAGCCACCAGGGUUGACGCCUUCUUACUUAUCCACUAGAUGUCAACAGAGGUGCUGUUCUGUGGCUCUGCAUUAAUCCCUGCCUCUUGUCUGUUACGUGUGCUGCUGGUGACAGUAAUUCCAGCUCCGUCCCUGCAGGCAAAGGAGAAACGGGACACACUUCACAGGACAGAGGAUUGACAGAAGUCAGUUUAAGAGAAGUGUUUGAGUCAGACUUCAGAUAUCAUUCAUUUCUUGGAUUUGUGUUCACAAUUGUGUUCUCUAAAAUGUGUCUAAAUUUUAAAAAUAUGUACAUGCAUAAUAUCAUCUUAAAAUAUGAAGGAAAGGAUUUGAUGUCCACAAAAAGUGUUUGAGGUUCUUUGAUUUUGUUAGUAAAAGCCAGUUCUGUGUUGACCUGUG